AGCACCCAAAGGAAUAAUGUAAGUUGUGUGAAAUGUUUGGAACACAAAUCUUAAUUGAUGUGACAUCUUAUCAGGGAACCUAGCGAGACCUUUCUUCUGGGUUCAAAUAUCCUAGUUAAGCCAACAUAUGUGACAAGAUGUAAACAACACUAUGAAGGAUUAAUUUAAACAUGUAGCCUUAAUGGAUGUACAAUCAUCAAGAAACAGUUUUAUUCCCGUCUGGUCAACCCAAUCUUGUUGUUUCGUCUCGUAUGUUGUUAUAGUUUGUUGUUCAAUAUGGCUUAUGCCAUUAGAUGGAAACGGUAAAGCCUACAAAGGAUUAACGUAAAUCUUCUUAAGGUACGUUCUUUAACUAUUGAUUAGUCAAUAAAGGAGAGUUAACCCAGGUAGUGAACAAUGGGUAUCGAUGAGAUCGAACAGAUUAGUGACACAAUGAAUUAAUACUUCUAAAGAAAAAUGAAGAGAUUAGCCUAGAAAAUCACACUGUUGAGCCUAAAAUCUUUAAUUUCUUUAUCGAGACCAGUAAAUCAUUUAAUAGUAGUAAUGAAGUAAACGAACUGCGGGUUUACAUGCAUAAGGUGAACAAUUUACAAAAGACUCACAAUUACCUUUGAAAGUAUAGAAUUAGCUGGUGGCUUGUACGUCUGCUUCCAUAGUACUUCCGUGGUGACAUCGCCGACAACUAGAAGUAAACUCGACCCUGUGAUUAGAAUAUUUUGCAAUCUCUCCAUGUGUAACCUGUGGUAAUGGAAUUGGUUUAGAUGGAAUUUCUUCCCUUUAUUUAGAAAACAUAAUAAUUGGGCUCAGCUAAUCGAGUUGCCCCAAUUGGUGGUGGUGGAUAUUAGAAUGCAUUUAUGCUAACCUCUAUGCAUAACUACAACAGUCUUUUAUUUUAUACUAAAAAAAAUAUUUUGGUGAUGGUAAAAGAUGUGAUAGUUUUAUGGAUGUGUUAGAAUAUGUGUGAAUAAUUGUGGCUUAACUAGAGGAGGAGAUGGGUGAAACGCGUGUAAAUGAUCAGACAAUGGCGAGUGGGCCCUCGGAUGAUACCCAAAACAACCCAAAGACAACAUCACUUCAAUUAUCAGCAUCGGAUUACACAACGAUAUCCAUAAAACAGAACAAUGGGAAUGCAGACUCUGUUUCAUCAGAACUAGGUGACAAAGGACGCGAUCAAACUAAAACAUCAAAGGAUGCGAUUCAGAAGAGAUCUAGUGCGAAGAUGGGGAUUCAGAAAGGUGGUGCCUAUGAAGAAAAAGAACCGUCAUUACUGAUAUCUUCUAAUGCUAUCAAUGUACCUGCCAAUAGUGCUUCCGAUACCACAAAUUCAAGGACUUCCAACACUCUCAAUCAAAAAUCUUUGACUCCGUCAGCAAAAAGCAACGAUGCUGUUCGUGACAGACACGCAUUCACGGACUCUCGGACCAAGGGGGGUAACUCUGUUAUCGAUGACGAUGUUAGUGAAAUUAGCCCCAAUCGUAGUGUCUAUAAUCAAACUACUGAGGAUUCGCAGCGUUUAUUGGACUGCGACGACAAACAGUCAACAGAACAAUCAGCAGUAAAGCGUUUAAUUAAUUGUAGCUGUGGACAUUACUGCAUCUGUAACAAAUCAAAAGAAAUAUUGACGACUUCGAUGUACGCUGCUCUCAACCUGUGUGGGUGGGUUGAACCCAGAAAGGAUACCGAAAUAAAACCUAAAACGUCGUAUGUUAAAAGGAGGCCUUCUCCAGCUGUGUUUCAGAGAUUAGCUCGAGAAGGUAAAGAAAAGACAUAUGCCUUCAAACAUCACAGGGACACGUCGAACUAUAUGCAUGAUUAUAGAGACGAGUUUACCGUUGGAGGAGCUGGGGAUUUAUCGCGAGUUCCUCCUGUCAUGGGACGAGAUAUACCCGAUCCUUAUGCUAUGAAACCUAGCAAUGUUUGUUCCCUUGCUGGUAGUAUUGAUUUCAAUACGCUGUUAAUCAGUAAUAGAAUUGGUUUAGUAACGGAAGUUUGUUCUUUGAAUCCAUCAGCAAUUGGUUUAGCAGGUGGAAAGAGAUUUGUGGAAGAAUCGAACAGGCAGAUGUCCAAACGGAACUAUCCAAAUUUAUCUCCUGUUCGACAUAAUAACACUCCCUGUUCACCCGAAGACGACCCAUCGACGCCUUCGACAACAGUGGUCAACGUUAAUCAAUUUAUGGAGCCACAUUUACCACAAAUCCGAGUAAGACCCUGUUCAACUCCAGUGUCAUCACUAUCCCACAGGAAUCCAAAUGGUGGAACCAAGAUGUUAUCGAGCAGCACUCAAUUUAAUGGGGAAAUUGUGGGGGUAAAACAUAGGUUGCCCAUGGCAACAACGUGUAAUAUGUCUGCUUUAUGCAAACCAAGUGCAGGAAGUGAAGUCUACGGAGAACUUAAAACUGUUUCGGACACCUGCAGGAAAACACAUAGUUUUCGAAAUCCCGCCAAGAAAAUCCAUGUGCCUCCAAAUAUGAAACCUUCAUCGAACACAAAUAAUGUUGAUAAAGUUAAUAUGGAAGAAACUGUUUGUGAAUCUAGUCAACGUAACCAAAGCAACAAUGGUUGUCGUGGUUGCACGCGCAUCUCCUCUUUGUUGCAUGGCAAAAUGAAAUUAACCAAGCAAAAUAUGAAAAGUAAACCUCCUGCUUAUAAUCAAUGCAAACCUAUGAAUGAAAUCCCGGUAAACACAUAUUAUAGACUCCAAAAGUUACCAAUUGGAUAGUGUUAACAAUGGGGGCGAUACGUUGUAUCCCAACGUUCAGGGCCGGUUUUUUGCGCAUUUGACCAAUUUCGUCCCCCCCCCCGCACUAAAAAGGGGCGCCGUAUACACGAUGGGUGCUAUUUCGCCCGUAUACGCCGGACAUGUCCUACGCUAUUUUCCAAACGUCCGACCAGGAAUAUGCCCAUUCGGACAUCAAGAUAUGGUGAAUAAUAUUCAAAUUUCCAAUGUACUAUACAUGUAUUAAUUAAUUACUAAUUGUGAUGUAAAGAAUAGUUGGCCUUAAAUAUGAAUGAAUAUAGGCCUAGUUAAAGUUAUUCAUAUCCUGUAACUUCGGACCUCCCAAAUUUGGCCCCGCAUUUUUCACAACCGGCCCUAGCAACGUCCUUAACACAUUUAUAUAUUGUUCUAUUGUUUUAAAUAAGAGAGGUGCGAAACCACAUGCCCGAACGCAAUUAAGCCAAAUCGACGUUUAAGUUUCCUCAACUCCUUUAGAAUUUAGCUCCAGUUGGACUUGAUACCCUGUUUUAAUACCCAAGACUCGCUCCCACGACACUCCUUUUCAGACGUUUUUAUACAAGUAUUAGAGCCAUGAAGAAUCAUCUUUAACACCUACUUAUGAAAGAACAAUUACUGAUUUUUUAGGCGACGUUUCGAAGAGUAUUCUCUCGACGUUUUCAGGCAACAGAUGUCAUUUAGAGCUUAUUAUCCCAUCUGAGUUUAAAUCAGCGACUGACGGUACAAGACUGCAAUCCAGCAGUUUCAAAUAUAAAGUAUUGGCAUAGCAAAUUGAGACAGCUUAUCCUAUAUUUUAUAUCAUUAUGAAUACCUUUGAAGUGAGAAAAGGUAGCCUAACCCUACAGUUAGGGAAACUAAAUGACAGUAUAUUUUCAGAAAUUAUGUAAAAAAAACUUUUAUUGGUAUGGGCUUUUUGUUUUGAUUGAGUUUUCGUUAUGCAUUGUGUUUAUUGUUAUU